AUGCCGCUAAAAGCGCCCUCGACACCGACAAAGGAGCCACCGACAGCCGCCGCCUACACGCCACGAAAGACGUGGCAGAGACCGGGCGCAGCAGCGGCAGCGGCAGCCAAGUCGGCGGCCACGACGGCAGCGUCUCCAGCAGCUGCCAGCACGAAGAUGGCUGCGGCACCCAAGUCCACCCCGACAAGGGCGGCUGCGGCGGCUGCAAAGGCCAAAGCUGGCUCCACAGACACCGCCGCCUCGACGCCAUCCGCCGCGACCCCUGCGGCCAAAGCUCCAGCAAGGACUCGAGCGAGAAAGGCGGCGGAAGGCGAACCCGCACCCGAAGCCGCGGCCAACGAGGACGGCGCCGACAACGGCCGAGACGAGAUCGAUCUCUUGCCACCCGCACCCACGUCCGCCCGCGCCACACCCUCCACGACGACAUCAGCUGCUGCCAACGGCAAGGCCAAGGGAAAGGCCAAAGCCAAGGCCGCAGAGGCCGAGGCGGCGGUCGACAACGCACACGGGCCUUCGACGCCUACCGCCGCUGCCACACCGGCCACGUCCUCCACGUCCAAGGCUGCUGCUGCCAAGUCGACCGCCAGCGCAACCAAGAAGCCGGCCGCCAAGGCAGCAGCCACAAAGACGGCGGCCAAGCCCAGGGCCAAAGCGACCGCCGCCGCCAAACCUGCACCCGCAUCGGCAGCAGCAACGUCAUCGGCCGCCGCAUCCUCCUCGACCGCCGCUGCGGCCGCCGCCGACGACACGCCCAUCGCCACGUCCAUCACCGGCACAAACCCGCAGGUCGUCAUCCCGCCGAAAAAGCGAGGCCGGCCGCGAAAGUACGCCCCGGGCGAGAUCCCGCCGUGGAAGCAGCCCAAGAACUUCAACCCGGACGGCACGCCACGCGGGCGAGGACGACCGCGGAAGCCAAAGCCCAUCGUCACCACGCCGCCGCGCAGAGGCAGGCCGCCAAAGAACCGCGAUGGCGCCGCGCCUCCCAAGCCAAAGGCGCCGAAGCGGGAGAAGCCCAAGAUCGAGGAGGAAGACGAUGCCGAGAGCGCGCUCUACGCGGCCGCCCUCGAUACCGACCUGCUCAGCUCGUACCUCGGCGAGGGCGUGGAGUAUGUAGGCGAGCGGCAGUCGCCGGCCAAGAAGCAAAAGACCGGCAUCAAGGUCGAGGAUGCAGGCAUGACGGAUGCGACCGAGGCGGCUUCUUCGGCAGCAUUCGACGCUGCCAUUGCAGGGCCAGGCUCGGCAGCGCAGCAAACACCGGCAGCAUCAUCGACUCCGGCUCCUGACGCGACAGCUGAGGCGGGGGCAGCGGCAGCGGCAGCGACAGCGACAGCGAUAGCGGCGACGCAGCUGGCCUCAUCAAGCGCACCGGCGGCCAACACGGCCAAUCGGGCCACCGCCCUCGACAGCAAGAGCGCACCAUCUGCCGCAGCUUCGCCGUCGACCUCCAUGCACCGUACGGCCGCAUCGACUUCCGCCUCGGCAGCGAUCGACAUCCACGGCGGCCACGGCGGUCAAGGCUCGAAGCUGCUGCGACCGACGACAUCCGACGCCUACUUUGUCAACAACUCGUCGCGCAAGGGCCGCAGCUCGCUGUCGGCGUCCAAGACUUUGAUCUCUUCCAUCCUGCCGCCCUUGGAGCCGUCGAGGCUGGAGGCGGCCUGCGCCCGCAUGACGGGGCCGGGCAGCAUCGCGGAUCGGGCGGUACGCGCAUACCGCAAGAGCAUGGUGCCGGUCUACGAGGCACAGCUCAAGGUCGGCUACUCGAUCGUGUUCCACGGCGUGGGGUCCAAGCUGCCGGUGCUGCUCGACUUUAUGAAGCGCAAGGGCGACGAGGGCGACGGCGUCGGCGUGGUGGUGCAGGGCAGCAUGCGAGGGCUGCGGGUCGAGGACAUCCUAUCGGAGAUCGAACGGGCGACGGGCAUCGGCUCGGCCAAGGAUGGCAGGCAGCCCGUCCCGGUCCCUGCUAUGGCGCCACCCCUGCGCUCAAGGGAUGCAGACUGCGUCAACGGCGACGGCUCUGAGGGUGAUGAUGCAGCCGGCAGCGGCCGGAACGCCAAGGUUCGCACGACAGCUUCGACCCAUUUGGCCUCCUCGGCGCUCAUCUCUCGGGCGCAGCGUAUCGCCUCGUUCUUCCAAGGCCCGCCUCCGAGACCGGAUGUCGAUGAGAGCGAGGGGGAUGGUGCUGCGGCGAUGGACAUUGAUGGCGACUUGGUUGACGGCAGCGAGGACGAGGAUGCGGACGCCGACCUGCUGCCGCCUCGACUCUACCUGCUGCUGCUUUCCUUUGACGCACCGGCGUUGCAGGCGGCGCGAUUCCGGCCCAUCCUCGAGACGUUUGCGGCGGCAGACCGCAUCCACGUCAUGGCCUGUGUCGAGCACAUCAACGCGGCGCUCAUCGGCGGCCUCUCGUCGUCAUCCAUGCCAUCGACCUGCGCGCCCGUGCAGGCCGGAGAGGUCGUCGACGGCGGCGAGAGCAUCUCUGGCUCGAGAGCGCGCUGGAUCUGGCAGAACCUCAGCACCUUUGUGCCGCCGCUGGACGAGAUGCUGCUGGCACGGACCGGCACCCGCGGCGGCGGUGUGACCGCAGGCGGGCUGAUGAUCCCGCUACCGCCGGCACUCGACCUCAACGGCGGACUCGGCUACGUUGCCGGUGCCGUCAGCUCGCGGCACCACGGAUCGGCUGCGGGACACCACGAGGGCGACGCCGAUGCCGCUUCCCAGCCGGCCCGACAGGUGACCGAAAAGGCGGCGCUGCACAUCCUCAAGUCUGUCACGGUCAAGGCGAGGGCGCUCUUCACCCUGAUUGCGAAAAAGUCGAGCGCCGGCGGCGAGGGCGGCGACGGAGAGGCGGAAGGGCUCGACUAUGCCGCCCUGGUGGACUUGGCGCGGCGCAACUUCCUGGCAUCGACCGAGAGCGACCUCGCGGCGCUGCUCGUCGAGUUUAGAGACCAUGGGCUGGUGCUGAGGACGGGCGGCAAGGUCAGGGUCAUGAUGAGCGGCGACGAGAUGAAGCGGGUCCUCGAGGGCAUCAAGCGGAUCUGA